AUGUCAUCGCGUCGUAGUCACACGAAGUCUCGAAAGGGGUGUUUGGAGUGUAAAAGGAGACAUGUAAAGGUCAGUAUCAACAAGAUUGCUCCCCGGAACCUGUCGGGCGUGUUGCAUGUGGCUCAGGCGGACGGCAGUUAUCAACCAGCUGAGACUCAUAUUCUGACACAACGAUAUCCUCCGCCAAAUGAAGACGAGGACAGCCCCGGGGCCUCAUCUAGCGCCCUUGAUGAAACAGAUAGUGGCACUGUGACCCCAUCAAGGGAUUUCCCACAGGCAACACGCUUGCUUGAGACGAGAUUAUUCCACCAGUAUAUGACUUCAACGUACCACACUCUGUCACAUGAUGGACUAUCAGCACACCACCUCUCCAUGACGAUUCCUCACAUGGCCGCAUCUUGUCCUUACCUGCUUGACAGUAUCCACGCAUUUUCAGCCUUACACUUGGCCUCGGUUGAGACUGAUAAUCGGGAUUCAUGGCUGAACCAUGCCGUGCAAUAUCAGAGCCAGGCAUGUGCUGGAUUGAGCAAGGUUCUUCCGGAAAUCUCACCGCCAGAUUACGAACCCGCAUUCGUCUCGUCCAUCAUAAUAAUGCUUUUCGCCAUGGGAUCUCGAGUAUUAUCUCUUGAAACACGACCUCUGGACCCGCUUUCGGUAGUUCUUGAGGCUCGCACAUUGAUGUCUGGCCCCGCCAUGCUUCUUUCCCGGAUAGUUGAAGCUGGGGUUGACUCGCAGCUGGAUGGAUGGCUGUGCGCUCCUGGGACACAAGAAAUUCUCGAAGCUGGGAAAUAUGAUCACGGCAGCAACCCGGUCGAAAGCACACACGUAUUAUUCACCCUCCACAAGGACAUAGUAACGUCGCUGGUUCGACUUCAUUCGAUUAUUGACACAAGAGAAGGAUCGGAUCAACCGAUCUACUUAGCCACAUGGCAGCAGCUUCAUCAGGCCAUCGAACCGUGGCCAAAAAUCGGACCACAUGGCGGUCCCCUUGCGUGGCCCUUAUUCCUCUCCGACAAGUUUUCAUCAUUACUUAAACAUGGCGACUGGAUCGCCCGAAUUCUGUUUCUACAUUUUGGAAUAGCUAUGCGUCUCUUGUGCCAUCGAUGGUACGUGCGGGACUGGGGUCGUCGGCUAGUGUUAGCCACGCUGGAAGCACUGGACAACGUUCCUCAGGAGUGGGAGGAAACUAUUUCUUGGAUAAGACAAGCCGCUGCAAGAGAGGACUAG